AUGGAAUUAACAAAAUUAACUCGAAAACGUGGAGCGGCUAAAGCCCGUGUCACUACAUUCCGUAAUUUCGUUAUGAGUAUUAAAGAAACGUUAGAUGCAAACAAUCCACUAACUGAACACAAGUGUGUUGAGUUACAACAGCGCCUAGAUAAAAUUAGUGAUGUAUUGUCAGAUUUUGAUAAUCACCAAACUGAAAUCGAAUUAAUUGUCGAAGAGGAUAGUUUGCCCGGUCAAUAUCGCGAACGCGCGGAAUUCGAAGAUUUAUUUUACAAAACUACAGCCCUUGCCCAGUGUAUUCUCGAUCACAUGCGAAAACCAGAAGUUAAAAUUGAAUCCGACGAUGGAUCAGCUUCGGUACACAAUUCACAGGGUAAUCAGAUAAACGCAACAAAUCGGGUAAAGUUGCCAGUUUUAACACUCCCAAAAUUUGACGGUUCUUACGAUCAGUGGUUAGUAUUCUAUGAUACCUUCAAGUCAGAAAUACAUUCGAAUGAUUCAAUAUCGGCAGUUCAAAAGUUUCGAUACUUAAGUAGUUUGUUAACGGGCGACGCUGUCCAAGUUAUUAAAGGUUUAGAAAUCUCAGCUGCUAACUAUCAGGAAGCAUGGGAAUUACUCGAGAAACGGUACAAAAAUAAACCUCUCAUGAUUCAUAAUCAUAUUAAAGGCAUUGUUGAUUAUCCGAGAAUAGCAAAACAAAGUUUUUCGGCAUUACGCGAUUUAUUAAACUCUAUUCAAAGCAAUUUACGUGCACUAAAAGCAUUAGAGCAAUCAACAGAUGAUUGGAAUAGCUUAUUAAUUUAUUUAAUAACAGACAAGUUUGACAGUAAAACAAAAACUGAAUGGGAAAAACAACAAAUCGAAGAGAAAGAAAUUCCAGGAGUUUCAAAUUUAAUUGAUUUUAUUGAAAAACAAUGUCAAUUACUUGAGAAAACUGACAGAUCGAUUAAAGAAACAUAUGAUCAACCGCGUUCGAAACCUUUUAACAAACAACCGCAAAAUAAAAAUAAUUUUGUUGCAAAUACUGCAACAAAUCAAGCAGCAAAUUGUCCUAUGUGCAACGAUACCCAUUCUAUUUUUCAAUGCAAAAACUUUCUCGAUUUACCAAUUUAUACUCGCAUUAAGGAAAUAAAGCGUCUUAAACGUUGUCUUAAUUGUCUUCGACCCAAUCAUUUAUCUCUUAAUUGUAAAGCGCAAUUUUGUCGUAAAUGUCAAAAACCCCAUAACACAUUAUUACACAUAGAAAAAUCAUCUGAAGGUCAUCAGCACAGUGGUUCCUCAAAUACUGCAACACAGGAUGUCAAAAAUGAAACAGUAAGUGGUUAUGCGGGAAGCUAUUUAAACAAUUCAGGUUUAUUGGCAACUGCGGUUAUUAACGUUUUCGAUUCAAAUGGAAAGGCUCAUGAUUGUGUAGCGCUACUCGAUCCAGGUUCUCAAUCAAAUUUUAUCUCAGAAAGGAUGUGUAAAAUUCUAAAUUUGAACUUUUCUUCUACUAAUGUUAACAUUUCCGGAGUUAACGAAUCUCAAUCGAGCAUCUCAAAACAAACUAACGCUACAAUUAUGUCCAAACACAACAAGUUUACAGCUAAUUUGAGUUUUUUUGUAGCCAAAAAUGUCACUUCGAAGCUGCCUACGGAACUAAUAGAAACAUCAAAAUUACACAUUCCCAAGGAUAUUUUUCUUGCAGAUCCAGAGUUUUACAAGCCUAAAACAGUUGACAUGCUAAUCGGAGUUGAACUGUUUUGGGAAUUGUUAUGUUAUGAGAAUACUGGUUAUGACUACCUUCACAAAACAAAAUUUGGUUAUGUAGUUUCUGGAAGAUUGCCCUGUAUUAAAAGGCCAAAGGAAACUGUUUGCAAUCUUUCUAUCAAUCUUCCUGACGUUUAUCAGCAAAUGGAAAAGUUUUGGAAUUUAGAAGAGUGUCCAAAAAUCAAAACUCUAUCUUCUGAAGAGGAGAUUUGCGAAAAAAUCUUUUCCGAUACAACAAAGAGAAAUAAAGAAGAUUUCAUAAAUGAAUAUGAGCAACUGGGCCACAUGUCGAAGGUCAAAGAUAAGGAGCCACCGAGGUACUCAUUUUAUCUUCCUCAUCAUGGGGUUUUAAAGGAGGACAGUUUAACCACCAAAUUGCGGGCAGUCUUUGACGGUUCAAUGCCGUCCUCAACUGGAGUAUCCAUCAAUGAUUUGCAUAUGGUCGGUCCUACAGUCCAGCCGGACUUACUUUCCAUCAUUAUUCGAUCUCGUAUUCAUUCAUUUUUUGUAGGAGCUGAUAUAUCUAUGAUGUAUCGACGUGUCUUAAUCGAAGAUGAGCAACGAUCUUUACAGAGAAUAUUAUGGAGAACUAAUACACAGGAUCCGAUACAAACUUAUGAAUUAAAUACAGUAACCUACGGGUUAACUUCGAGUUCAUUUCUAGCUAUCCGGUGCUUGAUGCAGUUAGCAAAAGAAUGUGAAAUUUCACACCCCGAAGUAUCAAAAAUCAUUCGCGAGUCAAUGUAUGUUGACGAUUUGUUGUAUAGUGUAGAUUCCAUUGAAGGGGCUAUUAAAAAUUGCAAUGACCUUUCUAGAAUUUUAGCAUCUGCUGGAUUCCCUUUAAGAAAAUGGUUCUCUAACGAAAAAUUAAUUAUAGAGGGUUUAGAAUUCGCGAAUCAAAAACUGCCUUGUCACACAAUUGAUUUAGGAGAAAAUGAUACUAUAAAAACACUAGGUUUAUCAUGGUUUAGCUCCUCUGAUGAGUUUAUGUAUAAAAUAAAUGUGUCACUCGAUUCAGAAACUUGCACUAAACGUACAAUAUUAUCCGCAAUCGCUCGUAUAUAUGACCCAUUAGGUUUAUUAGGACCCUGCAUCAUCCUAGCUAAAAUUAUUAUGCAAAAAUUAUGGCGCGAUAAAUCCUCUUGGGAUGAAGCUUUACCGUUAGCAUUAGCUUUAAAAUGGAACGAAUUUAUUUCAGAUCUUUCUUCAUUGGAAACAUUGAGAAUUCCCCGUCACGUGGGUUGUUCAUCACCAGUCACUCUCGAAAUUCACUCGUUUUCAGACGCGAGUGAAAAGGCUUACGGAGCUGCAGUUUACGUAAGGUCAACAGACGAAUUUGGAAUCGUUCAUUCCAAACUGCUUUGUGCUAAAAGUAAGGUAGCACCUAUUAAAACCAUCACUAUUCCUCGUUUGAAACUGUGUGCGGCGCAAAUGUUGGCUAAAUUGGUAAAUAAAGCAAAGGAAUCAUUCGAUGUCAACAUUACCGGUACAUACUAUUGGUGCGAUUCUACCAUAGUAUUGAGCUGGCUUAAGUUGGAGCCUUGCACACUCAAAACGUUUGUUAGUAAUCGUGUAGCUGAUAUUCAAAAUUUGACGUGCAUAACAGAUUGGCAUCAUGUCUCUUCUCAGGACAAUCCUGCUGACAUGCUGUCAAGAGGUAUGAAACUUGUUGAUUUGAAGAAUUCUUCAUUGUGGUGGCAUGGGCCAACAUGGAUGUUGGAAAAUGAUUUAAAAUUUUCAAAUAUGGAAGAAUCAUCGAUCAAACUCCCAGAAAUAAAAUCUAAGACUCAAGUAGCAACAAAUGUUCUUAUGAAAAUGCCCAUAAUUCAAUUCGAAAGGUAUUCUGACUUAAUGAAAUUAAAAAGAAUAAUGUCUUAUAUUUAUCGAUUCAUUAACAAUUGUAAAGAGACUAAAACUAUGCGAAAAACCGGUUCUCUCAGCGUUGAGGAAACUAACAAAGCCGAAAAUUCUUUAGUCAAAAUCGCUCAAAAUCAAUGCUUUUUCAAAGAAAUUCAAUGUCUAAAACAAAAACGUGAUAUUCCCAAAGGGUUUAAAGUUCUCAAGUUAAAUCCAUUCUUGCAUUCAGACGGUUUUCUAAGAGUUGGUGGUCGCCUUGAUAAUUCAGACUACGAAUUCGAUAAAAAACAUCCCAAAAUUUUAUCAUCAAAACAUCCGUUAACACGAUUAAUAUUUUUACAUGAACAUAAAAGAUUAUUGCAUGUUGGGCCGCAAGCAUUGUUGUAUAACAUUCGAGAAAAAUAUUGGCCUAUAUCGGGAAGAAAUUUGUCUAAAAACAUUGUUCAUGAUUGCGUCACGUGUACUCGCGCAAAUCCUAAGCCGGCUACUCAAUUAAUGGGAAAUUUACCCAGUGAUCGCGUUACGCCUUCGUCGGCGUUUUGUAUUACUGGCGUGGACUACGCUGGUCCAUUCCUAAUCAAAGAUCGUAAGGGUCGAGGAAGUAAAACUUCAAAAUGUUACGUGGCUCUUUUCGUUUGUUUCGCUAGUCGAGCGAUACAUCUUGAGUUGGUCUCGGAUUUAACCUCGGAUAAUUUUAUUCUUGCUUUGCGGAGAUUUGCUUCUCGUUGGGGAUUGCCCGAAAAAAUAAGGUCUGACAAUGGUACUAAUUUUAUUGGUGCGCACUCUGAACUCAAAGAACUCGGAAAUUUUCUUCGUAAAAAUGAGACUGAAUUAACUGAACGAUUAUUAAAUGAAAGUUUCAAUUGGAAAUUUAUUCCUGCCUAUUCGCCUCACUUUGGUGGCAUUUGGGAAGCAGGGAUAAAGUCAACAAAAUUACAUUUGAAGCGAGUAAUGGGAACCUAUUUGUUAACUUUUGAAGAAUUCUAUAGCUUGCUGGCACAAAUAAGCGCUAUUUUAAAUUCCCGACCCCUAUCUCCUUUAUCCUGUAGCCCGCUCGAUCUGCAACCACUCACACCAGGUCAUCUUCUCAUUGGGAGGCCAUUGACAUCGGUUCCUGAUCCAGACGUUACGCAUUUGCCUGAAUCGCACUUAUCUCGAUACCAAGGCAUCCAGCGAAUGCAGCAAAACUUUUGGUCACGAUGGUCAAAGGAGUACGUUUCCGAAUUGCAACAGCGCACAAAGUGGAAAGAAAGGAAAAAUAGCAUUCAAAAGGAUUCACUCGUUUUGAUAAAGGAUGACAACUCUCCUCCAAUGAAGUGGCUAUUGGGACGCGUUGUGGAGCUUCAUCCAGGCACUGAUGGUCUAAUUCGUGUAGUGUCUUUGCGAACUCAUAAAGGAAUUGUAAAACGAGCAAUUACUCGCUUAUGUGUUCUACCCGUCGACAAUCAAUCUUAA